AGAUUUUGGCUAAGAGACGGAAAUAUAUACUGUCGUGACAAAAAUAUCUUGUGCCCUUCUCUCUCUCUCUCUCGCCACCGAAAGCAGAAGUUGCAGACUUAAUCCGAGAAUUUAGGGUUUCUAAUCGUUCUCUCUUCUCCGAUAAUCAGAUCCACGAAACUCUACUUUUCGGAUCAGGUUUCAGCUUCUCGUUUGCCCCUCAGAUCAACAAAGUUUCAUGUCUGAACUUGAUUCCCAGGUCCCUACUGCCUUCGAUCCGUUUGCUGAUGCGAAUGUUGAGGACUCAGGUGCAGGAACAAAGGAGUACGUUCACAUUCGUGUCCAGCAGCGGAAUGGUAGGAAAAGCUUGACAACAGUCCAGGGGCUGAAGAAAGAGUACAGUUAUACCAAGAUACUUAAGGACCUCAAGAAAGAAUUUUGUUGCAACGGAACUGUGGUUCAAGACUCUGAGCUGGGACAGGUUAUUCAACUUCAAGGCGAUCAGAGAAAGAACGUCUCCACCUUCCUUGUCCAGGCAAGUCUUGUGAAGAAAGAUAACAUCAAGAUCCAUGGUUUCUGAGAUGCUUCAGUUGCAUUGUCCCUAGGCGUCUGCGUUACUUUUCUAAGUGGGGAUCAUUACCGUUAUAGCUCAGUUUCAAAACAUUUCAUCACCUUCCGUCACUGUUUUUUUUUCCCUUCCUUUUUAGCUUUGGUAUGAUACUAAGAGACUAUCAUCGUUUUCUUCCUUGUGCCACUUCUGUAAUAUGAGGUUGUUAAGAAUUCUCCAUACCGUUUGUCCCUUCACUCUAUAUAUGUCUUACCAAGAUGGAUCCAAGUAUCCAACAGUUUCACUA